AUGAAUUCGAUUUUACAUACAUGUACACAUUCCAAUGAUGAUACAUUCUCAAGGUUAACAGAUGAUCAAAUGUAUGCUGCAAUCUUUUCUUAUAUUGAGCAUUUAUUUGAAAUCAUUAAGCCACAUAAGGUGUUUUAUAUGGCUAUUGAUGGGGUCGCCCCAAGAGCAAAAAUGAAUCAACAAAGAGCUCGUAGAUUCAGAACUGCAUUUGAAGCAGAAGAAAACAUGAAAAAUGCUAUUGAAAAAGGUCUUGAAAUCCCUAAAGAUGAUCCAUUUGAUUCUAAUGCGAUCACACCUGGUACUGAAUUUAUGGCUAAGUUAACCGAUAACUUAAAGUAUUUUAUUCAUAAAAAAAUAUCUGAGGAUUCCAGAUGGGCCAACGUGAAAAUUAUCUUGAGUGGCCACGAAGUUCCAGGUGAAGGUGAGCAUAAAAUUAUGGAAUAUAUUAGAACAAUGAAGAAUCAACCGAACCAUGAUCCAAAUUCAAGGCAUUGUAUUUACGGUUUAGAUGCUGAUUUAAUCAUGUUAGGAUUAGUGUCCCAUUAUCCACAUUUUGCUUUAUUGAGGGAAGAAGUUACUUUUGGACCAAGAGGUCAAAAACAGAGUAAUGAGUUAACUGAUCAAAAUUUCUACUUAUUACAUUUAUCCUUAUUAAGAGAAUAUUUGUCAUUAGAAUUCCAGACUUUGGAUAAUCAAUUAAGCUUUGAAUAUAAUUUCGAAAGAGUGUUGGAUGACUUUAUCUUAAUCAUGUAUGUCAUCGGUAAUGACUUUUUACCCAAUUUGCCGGACCUAUUUAUAAAUAAAGGGGCAUUUCCGUUAUUAUUGGAAACAUUCAAACAAACAUUACAACAAUCAGAUGGUUAUUUGAACGAAAAUGGUACAAUUAAUUUGAAGAGAUUAAAUAUCUGGCUUAAUUCUCUUUCGGAGCUUGAAUUAGAAAAUUUCGAAAAGCAAGAUGUUGAUGUUGAAUGGUUCAAUAAAAGGUUAGAGGAUAUUUCAAUUACUGGUGAGAAGAAAAGAGAGCGCAUGGGUAAAUUGUUAAUAUUAAAAGAUCAAAAGAAGUUAGUUGGUAUGAUAAAACCAUGGCUAUUAGAAAAUUCUUCGAAAAAAGUUGAAGAAUUAGUUGCAUUAGCCAACGAAGAUAAAUUACCUCAGUUACAACUUCCAACUGAUGAAGCAACUAAGGACCUUGAGUUUUUGAAGACAUUUGCGUUAGAUGCUGGUAUUGUCAUAAUUCAUUCUAAAUCGGAAGAUACUUAUACAGUUAAAUUAGAUAUUGAUGGAUUAUCACCUUACGAAACUGAAGAAGAACAGAAUGAAAGAUUUAAUGAGCUUAGAAAAAUUAUUAAAAAAUACCAGUCGGCAAAUUUAUUUGAAACUGAUGAAAUAUUAAAGGAUUCCAAGAAUAUUUAUGAUACGAAGUUUAUGAACUGGAAAGAUAAGUAUUAUAAGGAAAAGUUACAUUUUUCAAUUUAUGAGACAGAUAAGAUGAUUGAGUUCACUCAGCAUUAUUUAGAAGGUUUACAAUGGGUUUUGUAUUAUUAUUAUAAGGGAUGUCCAUCUUGGAACUGGUACUUUAGAUAUCAUUAUUCUCCAAGGAUAUCCGAUAUAUCGAUUGGAUUGAAUGAAUUUUUAAAGACAAAUACAGGUAUAACUUUUGAAAAGUCGAAACCUUUCAAGCCAUUCGAACAAUUGAUGGCAGUUUUACCGGCCAGAUCGAGAAAAUUAAUGCCAUCAGUUUACAGGCCACUCAUGACAGAACCUCAUUCCCCAAUAAUUGAUUUUUAUCCUCAUGAAGUUGAUAUUGAUAUGAAUGGGAAAAGUGCUCCUUGGGAAGCGGUGGUUUUAUUGUCAUUUGUUGAUGAAAAUAGGUUGAUCGAUGCUUUAAGACCAAUUGAAGCACAACUAUCUCCAGAGGAGCUGAGAAGAAAUAGUAUUGGUAAUGACAUAGAAUUUAUCUUUAACCCACAAAUUGACUAUAUUUAUCCUACACCAUUGCCAGGGUAUUUCCAUGACAUUGAGCAUGAUAAGUGUAUCGAGGAGUCAUUCUUAUUGCCAAAAGUUGAAGGUGAGGUCAAGAUUGAGUUGGGAGAAAACGCGUUGUUAGGUAAGGAAUCAUUAGCUGGUUUUCCUACUUUGGAAACUAUUCCAUUUAGUUCAGAAUUGUCCUUACAUGAAGUCAAGGUAUUCCAGAAUCCAUCAAGAUCAGAAUCAAUGAUCUUGAGUCUAGAAAAUAUGUGGAACGAUUUAUCAAUUUAUCAAUUUAGUCAAAAAUUUAUUAGUAAGGUCGUCUAUACCAAAUGGCCAUUUUUGAGAGAAUCAAGAGUUGUUUCAAUUAUGGAUAAAGAAUUCAAGUAUGAAUCUAUGAAGGUGCAAAAUUCUAGAAAGGUUGUAUCGACUCCAUUAACUCCAGACGAAUCGAAGUCAUUUUAUCAAACAGCAAGAUCUAUUUCAGAUAAUUACGAGAAGACUAAGGGUAUUAAAUUAGGGGAUAUCGAAGGAUUAGCAUAUGUUCAACCAGUUACAGGUUUAAUUCGUAACGAAAAAGGAGCAUACGUCAAAACGUUUUCAAAGGAAACUGAAAUUUACCCAAUUCAAUUAAUUGUAGAAGAGGUGAUUAAUGAAGACACUAGAUUUGCAACAAGACCACCGUUACCUAUUGAUGAAGAAUUUCCACUUGAAUCUCAAAUUGUAUUUUUGGGUGCUUUUGCAUAUGGUACACCAGCCACAGUUGCAGGCUACACUGGUAAUGAUAAGGUCAAUGUUAAAAUUUCAAAAAUCCCAUCAACAAACGAACCAAAUAUUGGUAAAAGAAGAUUGGAUAUUGAAAGUAAGGAAAUUAGAUAUUUGCCGUCCUUUGAAGUUUCUAAGAAAUUGAGAUUGAAUGCAUUAUUUAUGUCUAAGAUCACUUCUGGUUAUAUGCUUGAAAAUGAUUUUAAUAAUAAGAGACGUGUUAAUAUUGGUUUGGAAUUAAAGUUUGAAGGUCGUCGUCAAAAAGUUUUAGGCUUCACAAGAAAGAAUGGUAAAGUAUGGGAAUUUUCUCCAUUAGCAAUUCAGUUGAUUUCUGAUUAUCGCUCUAAGUUUCCAAAAUUAUUCAAAUCAUUACAAGAAAUUGAUCAAAAGGCCAUUCCAAAGGCUUCUACAGUUUUGAAUACUGAAAGUGAAUUACAGGACGUAACAAAAUGGUUAAAGGAAGUUAAGGCUCAAUUACUGAAAGUAUCCUUAGAAUCUGAAUCUUUUACAAAAUUCAGUUUUGAAGCAAUUGAAAGUUACAUGGAACAUUAUAUUGGACAAGCCGUUCCAUAUACGAACAAGGAUAUUAAAGGUGUACCAAAGAGUGCAGUUUUAGAUCCAAGUGAGUCGUAUCAAUUAUUGAGUACUCAGAGGUUUGAACUAGGCGAUAGAGUUAUAUAUGUUCAAAAGUCUGGUAAAGUUCCUUAUUUAUCAAAGGGUAUAAUUGCUUCCAUUACAUCGUUUGGAACUAAAAACUCGUUGGGUGUGAUUUUUGAUUAUCCAUUGAUGAGCGGUAAUAAUAUGAAUGGCAAAUUGAAGACUAACAGGGGUUUAAUUGUCGAUUCAUCUUUAGUAUUGAAUUUGACUAAUAAGCAAUUGGUGUAUCAUAGUAAAGCUUCGAAACAGAAAUCGAAACCAUUGGGUGAUAACGAGAAGAAGCAGAGAUCGAAGGAAAUAGCUCUUGCAAAGAAACAAAAACAAGAAUUAGAAAAUGCAAAGAAGCAAGCUAAUUCCGAAAAAACUAAUGAAUUAUUGAAUUUAUUAAAAAAAUCUGACCGUGAAAAUAAAAAUGAUACUGGCGAAGCAAAUCUGAACAAAGAAGCAGGAGAUAAAAAUGAAAAUACUGGCCAGGAAGAAGACCUGAGACUCAAUUCUAACGCAAUUAGACAUAUCUACGGUCAAAUUUAUUCGAAUGUGAUGAAUGAAGGAGCUGUUCAUCCACAACAUAUGCCAUAUGGUGUUCCUCCUGUUGUUCCAGGAAUUCCCUUACCACCACAGUUUUUCCAGCAACAACCAAGUCAGUUUCAGCAGCAACAACAGCAACAGCAAGAACAACCAGAAGAAAUACCCUUCUCGCAACAGAACCGUGAAAAUGGUAGAAAUGACAGAAGUAGAGGAAAUAGAGGUAAUUACAGAGGUAACGGCAGAGGUAGAGGCAGAGGAGGCAGAGGCAGAGGCAAGCCAAAUUGA